CAUCACUGUGUAUUCAACUCCUACACUCACAUUUUAAACUGUCCUCCAGUUUAAGCAUCAAGAUGGGAUUUUCUAUCCACUGCAGUUGGCUUGCUGUGCUUUCAUGUGCCCUUUGGAUGGGAAUUGGGGUACGAUGUGAUUGCACAGUGGAGAAUUUGCAAGAAGCGAAUUUCACACUGAGUAAGAACCUGGAGACUGGCAGCAUCUUGGUCUACCGCUGUCCUGAAGGCUACUAUCCAUAUCCUGAAAGGACCCGUUUUUGUCAGCGUAAUGGCAGCUGGAGACCACGACCCAGAAAAUUUCCACCUCAGAAAUGCAAAUUGGUUGAAUGCCCAGACCCCAAUGUGCUCGAGAACGGAAAUGUCUCGCCCCCUCAGGAAAGGUACUUUGUGGACAAUGAGACCACAUAUGAGUGCUACUCUGGUUACAAAAUGCGAGGCUCAGCCAAACGUGUGUGCUUAAAAAAUGGGAAGUGGAGCGGCUCGACCCCAAUCUGCAGCCUUGACUCUGGGGAUCAUUGUGCUGAUCCUGGUAUCCCACCUGGUGCCUCAAGAGAUGGAAACAUAUUUGGAGUUGAUGACACGGUGAGAUACACCUGCAAUAGCAACCUGUUUUUGGUGGGCUCCAAAGAAAGAGUGUGCCAGGAGAACGGCCAGUGGACUGGUGAAGAGCCUCAGUGCUACUACAAACACACCUUUGACACGCCGCUGGAGAUUUCAAAGGCAUUUGGCAGUUCAAUUAAAGAGACCCUAACCACUUCAGAGUCCACUGAUGACAUACAGGGGGAGAGAAGAAUCAGGAUUUCAAAAAAUGGGACACUAAACAUUUACAUUGGUGUGGAUAUUUCUGAGAGCAUAAACGAGGAUUAUGUAAAUAAAUCCAGAGAUAUUGUCACAAAACUUAUUACAAAGAUUUCAUCCUUUAGCGUGACUCCAAACUAUGAAAUCAUCUUUUUCUCCUCUGAGCUCUAUGAAAUUGUCAACAUCAUUGACUUUUUGCAAAGCAAAGCAAAACUACAAGACGUCAAAUCUAAAUUAGAAGAAUUUGUAGUUGGUGACAGAAACACUGGAACAAAUCUGAACAUUGUCUUUAAGAAGUUCUUGGAGAAAAUAUCUUUCAUAAAGGAACAAACUGGAGAGGAGGGUUUUAAGGAGCAUCGUCAUGCCAUCAUCGUUUUUACAGAUGGUGCUUAUAACAUGGGCGGUUCACCAGCACCCACUGUGGCACAAAUAAAAAACAUGGUGUACAUGAAUGAGGCUAAAGCCAGAGAAGACUAUCUUGACAUUUAUAUCUUUGCCGUUGGGGAUGAAAUCUUUGAUGAGGACCUAAUGCCCCUCACGGCAGGAACUGGAGAGCACCAUUAUUUCAGAGUGAAAGAGCUAGAAAAACUAGAAGAGACUUUUGAUGAAAUGAUCGAUGAAGAUGAAGUCAAGGGUCUCUGUGGACUUUACAAAGAGUAUAAGGAACCCCGCAAGGAACACAAGAGGAAAAUGUAUCCAUGGAUGGCAUUUGUUUAUACCCAGGGUGUAGACGAUCCAAAGAAAUGCAUGGGUUCUCUGGUGACCCCUGAGUUUGUCUUGACUGCUGCUCACUGUGUACAUGGAUAUUUACCUGAGAACGUCAUCGUUGAAAUUGAUGAUGAGCGCGGCAAAUUUAAAAAAGCAAAAACAUUAAUAUUUCACUCAAACUACAGUGUUACUGCUAAAAAGCACAAAGGCAUUAAUGAGUUUUAUGACUAUGAUGUGGCUCUCAUCCAACUGGACGAAUAUGUUCAAAUCUCCUCUGAUGUGAGAACCAUUUGCAUACCUUGCACCCUGGAGACCAGUGCUGCUCUGCAUUUGGUGGAUCAAACAUGCGAGUCACAAGAGAAACUUCUGUUAAAGAAUCAUCUUGAACGACUCAAUUUCCUGACAAGGACAAAGAAUGUGGUAGACAUAAAAGAUGUUCAUGCCAAGCUUGGAGAUAAUAGAUACGAAUGCAUCAGACAUGCAGUAGGUGUAGAGGGCAUAACACAGGAAACACUGACGGAAGCUGUGACAGAUAACUUCAUAUGCACCGGUGGUCGGGAACCUUUCAGAGAUCAUAUUGCCUGUACAGGUGACUCUGGAGGUGCUGUGUUCAAAAACUUUGAAUAUCGCACAGUACAGGUUGCAUUAGUCAGCUGGGGAAGCAUAAAUGUGUGCAAAGAUGGUGGUGUUAAAGAGUCAACUAAGACAUCCAGAGAUUUCCACAUUAAUCUUUUCAGAGUUGUCCCUUUUCUAAAGUCUGUACUUGGGAAGAAAGACCAGGACUAUGAGCCACUUGUGUUUCUGGAAAAUUAAAUACUCCAAUACUGUUUUGGAGUGUCUCUUAUAUGAUGUGUGCUCUGUUUAAAACACUGUCUCAAUUUAUUUUGCUGAUUGAUGCUUGUUUUCAAAAUGCACACAUCAGUGCUGUGAGCAGUGUCAGUUCUGCUGUUCUGUACUUUAACUCAUUUGCAGAGAUAAUUAUUCAUAAUUCAGCAUUUUCUGAAAUAAAACCAACUUCAAGCUGUGUUGUUUAGCUGUGGUCUUAAGAGAAGCCCAUUCAAACACACCCUAGAUCAGGGUUAGAGAUACAAUUGCAUGCAUAAAAGAAAAUAACGAAACAAACAUUUCUCUUCAUUAUAAUAUGUACUGAUAACAAAUUAAAUUAAAGCCGCAAGCAGUGAUGAUCGGGCCCUCGCACACGGGUGCGCGUCAAACUGUGGCGCGGGUGAGACAUGCCACACUUGGAGGAUGUCACGGGCUCACCUGGAUGCCGUCAGCCCAGUAGGCUACUCGUACCUUGCAUCAUUUGGCUGCCAAAUGUCUCCCGUUUCCACUUGGUGGCAUCUGCAAAUGCCCACUAAUUACAUGUCAUGAUGCUAUAUGUAAUGCUGGCAACCAUCAAUAAAAAUGUGGUGCUCAUGG